AUGUCAUUCCCCUUGCCCCCGGCUAGGGCCUUCGCAAAGUGGGCCCCAGGCGACCCCAAGGGAGGCCCUUGUCCAGUUGAUGAUGAAGAGGGCUUUGAGCUGAUUCUGUGUCCAGUCCUCUCUUCGGGCCUCAUAGACCUUGGGGCCUUUAAGGCUCUUCUUACUGCUGAUACAAUUCUCAUAAGCAUCCCUCUUGCAAACGGCGAGGUUGGAGUGGUGCAGCCGAUACGAGAGGUGGUGUCAGUGGCCCGCCGGAUUUGCCCAGAUGCUCUCGUCCAUGCAGAUGCGUCGCAGGCCAUGGGCAAGGUGGCUGUACAGCCCGUUUCCCUAGGUGUGGACCUCUUAACAGUUGCGGGCCACAAAGUCUACGCACCGAAGGGAGUUGGGGCUCUGUACAUUCGGGAAGGCAUCAAUCUGCCCCCCUUGAUUCUUGGUGGCGGUCAAGAAAGCGGCCUUAGGGGGGGGACAGAGAACGUUGCCUACAUUGUGGGCCUCGCCAGGGCCCUUGAGUUGGUGCAGAAGAGCUGGGCGGCACCUGAGUGGCCCUGCACACAGCAGCAAAUAGCUGCCGCUGCCGCAGCAGCCUCCAGCAACGAGCUGGACAGUUCAGAAGCAAACCAAACCAAGGAGACAGGGGCCCUCGCGGCCCAUCCUCCCCACCCGAGCAAGCUUGCCUUCACCGCCAAAGUAUUCGUGGAGGCUUUUUGGGCGACUUUGGAGCAGGACACAAAAAGCAGCAGGCAGCUACUUGCUGCUGCUGUGCGUUUCAAUGGCCCUCUUGGGGCAGCCGACGCACAAGUGCAGCAGCAGUGGCUGCCGGGGACUAUUCACAUAUCGAUUUGGGGCGCGAGUGGCUUUGAAAUAGCAAAUGCGCUUUCUGAAGAAGAACGGCUGUUUGUCUCGGCUGGGGUGAGCUGCCACGAGUGCAAGACGGCGUCAGGGACUUUGUUGGCUAUGGGCCAUCUCGAUGAGUGGGCAGUGGGCUCUCUGCGCAUAAGUGUGGGUGAGUAA